UCCUACUAUUCCCUUUCAAGCUUUUCCCCUUAUCGCUGGUAUUCGGUUAGGUACUUUCUCUCGCAUUGCGUCGCUAGCUGAAUGGCGUCAUGUCCGGUGUUGCGCUGUGAAGCUUCCUCAGGGAGGGCGAUAUCCGUUCGGUCGCCCCGGAAACUUUAGGAAAGAGAUAGCCGAGGGUUGGACUUAGUACGGAGGUGGGCAGGAAGGCAGCUGGGCUUGGGGGGCAGAAAUGGCAUCUGAUGUCCCAGCUCUGGGUGUUGCAGUCUCUACUGGAAAUCCUGGUUCAAGCGGACAAGCUGGCGGAUCCAUGGUGCAAAGAACCAAUAAACGACGCUCAGGGUUAGAUUUUGAUGAUGACGACGACGAUGAUUCAAGCAAUAAAUUUCUCAGGUGUGACGAUGAUCAGCUUCCAAAUGACAAGGAGAGAUUUGCAAGGUCGGAUGAUGAGCAGAGCUCAGCGGAUAAGGAAAGACUUGCAAGGGAGAAUCACAGUGAAAUAGAGCGCAGGCGGAGAAACAAGAUGACUGCCUAUAUCACAGAGUUGUCUGAUAUGGUGCCCACCUGCAGUGCUCUAGCACGCAAGCCUGACAAGCUCACCAUCCUGCGCAUGGCUGUCUCGCAUAUGAAGUCUCUGCGGGGCACUGGUAACACACCCACAGAUGGCACUUACAAGCCUUCUUUCCUGACCGAUCAGGAGCUUAAACACCUGAUUUUGGAGGCAGCAGAUGGGUUCCUUUUUGUGGUAUCCUGUGAAACCGGCAGAAUCGUGUAUGUGUCAGAUUCUGUGACCCCUGUCCUUAACCAGCCCCAGUCAGAGUGGUUUGGGAGCACUUUGUAUGACCAGGUGCACCCAGAUGAUCUAGACAAACUUCGAGAGCAGCUUUCCACAGCUGAAAAUGCCAUGACAGGUCGCAUUUUGGACUUAAAGACCGGUACAGUAAAGAAAGAAGGGCAGCAGUCCUCUAUGAGAAUGUGCAUGGGCUCUCGCAGAUCGUUCAUCUGCAGAAUGAGGUGUGGAAAUGCAGUAAUUGAACCCUCCUCAAUGAACCGACUUAGCUUCAUGAGAAACAGGUGCAGAAACGGCUUGGGUCCAUCUAAAGAUGGGGAGCCACAAUUUGUAGUAGUGCACUGCACUGGAUACAUCAAAGCCUGGCCUCCAGCAGGUGUCACACUACCAGAAGAUGAUCCUGAUGCAGGGCAAAGCAGCAAAUUCUGUCUUGUGGCCAUUGGCAGACUGCAGGUGACAAGUUCUCCGACCUGCACAGAUAUAAACACGGUCUGCCAGCCCAUAGAGUUCAUUUCCCGGCACGGAGUCGAUGGCUUGUUCACAUUUGUCGAUCACAGAUGUACUGCUACAGUUGGAUACCAGCCGCAGGAGCUCCUUGGAAAGGAUAUUGUGGAGUUUGCACACCCUGAAGACCAGCAACUACUUCGGGACAGUUUUCAACAGGUGGUGAAAUUAAAGGGUCAGGUCCUGUCUGUCAUGUUCCGAUUUCGGUCUAAAACCAGAGAGUGGCUUUUGAUGAGAACCAGCUCCUUUACCUUCCAGAAUCCAUACUCAGAUGAGAUUGAGUAUAUCAUCUGUACCAACACUAAUGUAAAAAACUCCAAUCAGGAACCCCGCCCUGCCUUGGCCAGUACAAUACAGAGGCCUCCCCUUGGUCCGAGCAUCAACCACCCCAUGGAUAUGGGACAAACUCAGCUUCCCGGGAGGCAGCAGCAGCCACAGGCGCCACCACAAACAGAUGUUGUGCCCAGCAGGGAGGGCUUGGGCUCCUACAACCACACACAGGUGCCGGUGCAGCCAGUAAGUGCCGCUGUUUCUGAUCAUAGCAAACCAUUGGAGAAAACAGAGGGCAUGUAUGGACAGGAAAGAGACCCCAGAUUUGCUGAGAUCUACAGCAAUAUCAACUCAGAUCAGAGCAAAUCGCUGAAUCCCAGUGGUGUCUCUGGCAACCAGCAGCUCUUCCAACAAUCCAGCACUUUCACAUCUGCGCCUCGCCCUGUAGAGAGUUUCAGGAGUGGUGGCAUGGUGCCUCAGCCUAGCAUCAUCCAGCAACCUGUAUCUGCAGGGCAGAUCUUGGCCCAGAUAUCUCGGCAUACCAGCCCCACACAGGUCACAGGGACCAACUGGAGCUCUGGCACUCGUCCAUCCUUCACAGCUCAGCAGGUACCAACACAGACACCAAAGACUCAGGCAUCUCAGUUUGGAAUGGGCAACUUCCAAGCAACACCUUCCAGCUUCAGCCCUUUGUCCUCACAGAGCUCAACCGCCUCUCCCGCAGGAGCACCUUAUCCCAGCAUGACCGGCAGGACAUCCAACUUUGCUACAGAAGUUGCCCAACCGAGAGGCCAGUUCCAGGCCCGGGCUGCUGAUGCAGUAGGUGUGUGGCCUCAGUGGCAAAGCCAGCAUCAUGGACAAAGCACAGCUGAAUCUCAUGUGUCACAGCAGUCAAACCAGACUGAGGUCUUCCCAGAUAUGCUCUCCAUGCUGGGAGACCAGACCUCAAGUUACAGCAACGAGGAGUUUUCAGAGCUCAACAUGUUCCAGUCAUUCGCUGAAUAAAGUAAUAGUGGAUACUCUGCCUGGAAUGUUCCCUAAAGAAAAUCAGUUCUGCUUUCGUACCAUUUGUCUGCAAAGGAUCUUUUUUAUUAUGGCUCCUCCUAGAAGCACAAAGGAAUGGAGAAAGCCGAUUGUGAUUAGGGCAUAAGCAAAACAAAGUACUGGAACCCAUAUGGGUGGAAGGAUAAUUACAGGGAUACCACAGAACUGCCUUUUUAUAGAACUUUGAGAGGCUGAAAGAUGCCGCUCCACGUACACACCAGCUUUAAAUUCAUGUUUUGCCACUGCUUUAUUUUUUCUAUAUCAUAUGAUGUGCAAGAUCCCGCCGUGGCUGAAAGCGUGAUUACAUCACAGUUUUAACCAUUCACAAGAUACAUUUCAUCUUUUCUAAAUGGCUAAUUCUGGCAAAAAUAAGCAGCAUCGUAAAGGAUUUGUUUAUUACGGACACCUCUUUCAGGGAUAACUAUUGCGUAUGAUAAUCAAAAUCGAAUGGAUGCCUUUUAUAAUCCCAGGAAGCCCCCCGACAGGUGCUGGCAGGGGCCUGCUUAUCACUUUAUGGCUUUUAGAUCUUUGUUCUGUGACUGCUGAAUGAUAAAUGCUUCGUUUGUAACUUAUAGGGGCACCAUUUGUAAAUGUGCUGCCUCAGACAGAUUUGUAGGACAAUCAUAUAUUUCCCACCUAAUAAUUGUUAUUGGGGACAGCGUUACCAAAUCAUUGAUAAAGCCUUUACAUUUCAACAAGCAAGGAACGUAUCAAGCUCUGCUGAAUGCACAGUUAGCCUUGAGUCCAUAAUGUAACCCCGCUGUUGAGCUAAGCGCUAGGUCAUGUGGCUACUACACCUAUGAGUAAGAGCAGGUCUGGUUUCUAGACAUUUCUAUGUGGCUCUCUUUCUAGCACUUACAGGCACGAGAUUUACCAACACCUAUUCCUCUGACCAACGAGAGCAACUUUAGAAAUCUUUCCGGCUUUGUGGAGAUGCAACAUAAAUCAACGUGUUUAAGUUAUUUACUGAAAACAUCUUGAUGGACAGAAUUAUUGUGACCUGCUUAUAUGGGCCUUUGCCAAAGCAUAAUGCAAUCUGCCAGCAGCCAUCUCAGAACAGGACUUUCACAACCCCGUGGCUGUCUAUCUGCUUUCCAAUUUCCAGUAUCCUGGCUAAGGAUGCUGGGAAUCGUUGUUAGAGGUGCUAGAGAGCCGUAGGGUGAAGAAAGAAGCCAGCUGUUUUGUGACACUGAGCAAUGAUUUGGAGUUUUAGAACCGUAAUUGGCUGGCUGCCCCACCACUGAGCGUUAAAAUCAGUUUCAAGAGUAACACGUGGCUCUAUUGUGCAGAGCUGUGAGAGUAGGGGACACAACUUCCAUUUGGAGAAUAUUUCUGUUCUGGCUCUAAGUGCCCUCAUUUAAACACAGAUUUAAUUUAUAGGAGGGAAGUGCAACCUGUGGCCCUCCUGCCGUCUGUCUAUUAUUCCCCGCUGCUGGCAUCUGCAAUAGCUGGAGGGCCAGUAGCAGGACACCCCCUGGUUUGUAUGUAACCUGUUGGUAUAUAUCAUUGUUUCCUACUGGCUGGAUAAAUAUGUAUUUCACUUUUAUAUUUUUGCUACAGAGAUCUCCUUUUCUCUGCUGACUUGUCUGCAGAUCAACUGCUCUGUUUGUCUGUUUUACUUCAACCCCCCUUUUUGUGAAAAUUGUUUUAUGUGAAUACAGUAUGAAAUAAUAUCAUUUUAUGAUCUUU